AAACUUGAUGUCAGGCUGCGUAAGCGAGAGAAGCUGCCGGAAGACUCAGAGUACCGGCUUCCAAAGUACGACGCAGCUUUCACAGCAACACUCAUGUCCGACGAUGAAGACGAGCUUGAUGAGCGAGGCACCAAGACGAACAGAUACAUCUCCCGCCGCCCGGCUUGGAGAUCUGAUGUAAUGCAAUGCCUUCUAGAGGCUGUAGACCAAGUUGCCGAUCCCAAAACAACGAGCAAGUAUACUGCCCGUGUGGCCGGACCAGUCAAGGAUGAGCCACCACCUGUUGCUACAACGCUGAAGAAUAGGGCCCGGCGAUGGAUGGUGUCGGAGGAAUGGCUAGCGACUGAAUCCAAUAAGGAGUAUGACGUCCCACCUCGCAUAGCAGGAAGCGGGAAAGCGUGGGGUGACGCUGAGGAUCCAGAGGCGCUCGAGGAGAAGAAAAGGAAGAUGAAGGAAGAGAAAGAGGACGUUAAGCGGAAGAAAGUUCGAUUGAGCGACGUAGGUGAAAAGACGAAGAAAAAGGGCAAAGCGAAAACUGGUGGUGGAACGCAGGUAGAGCGAGCAAGCGAGACUCCGGGGGCAGAAGAUAGUGAUGCCGCCAUAGACCCUGAGCUGCGUGGGGGCAGAGGCUGAGACCGAAAGGCGCGUUCCGGACCUUUAACUUGAAGUGGGUACGCUGAAGUCUUCUUCAUCAAAAUCGUCGGGCUCGGCACCGUCCUAGAGCUCGCAUUAGUUACCUAGAAUGUAGUAUGUGAUAGUAACAGACAUGGUCAAAUGAAAUCGAUACCCAUA